AUGUUCACCGAAAAAGUGGUUCUUGUGACCGGUGGAAGUUCUGGUAUUGGAGCUGCAACGGCUAUAAAAUUUUGCAAAAAUGGUGCGAAAGUUGCUAUUGUAGGUAGAAAUCGAAAUAAACUUGCUAAAAUUGAGACCCAAUGUAGAGCAAACGGCGGUGAAAUAGUUGUGAUUAUCGCUGACUUAAGCAAACCUAAUGAUAUAAAACGUGUUAUUGACGACACUAUAGAACAUUUUGGUAAACUAGAUGUUUUAGUUAAUAACGCUGGUGUUGGCUGCUUUGCAAGUAUUGCAUCGGAUAACGCUAUGGAAGAAUUUGAUAAAACUAUGGCUGUGAACCUUAGAGCCGCUGUUUAUCUCAUUCAUCUUGCUUUACCACACCUCAUUAAAACUAAAGGUAACAUAGUAAACAUCUCAAGCAUUGCAUCUACAGCAGUAUUAUUUGAAACAAAUUUUUCAUACUGCACUUCUAAAGCGGCUUUGGAUCAUUUUACCAGAAGCAUAGCGUUAGAAUUAGCACCUAAAGGAAUACGAGUGAAUUCUAUAAACCCUGGCCCUGUUAAAACGGAUUUUCUAGAUACUAUUACCCCUAACAAAGAAGAUCAGGAGAAAUACCAAGAAAUGAUAGAAAAAAGAACAGCAUUAGGAAAGCAGUCUGAUGCAAAUGAGAUUGCUGAUCUUAUUAUGUAUGUAGCAAGCGACAAAGCUCACAGUAUCACCGGUUCUGCAUUCGUCAUUGACAAUGGCAUGUUAAUUAAGGUUUAA